AUUCUCUCAAGAAAUAUAAAUCUUGAUUAAAUUCUAGGGUUUCUAGGAUCAAGAAUGGAUCUUUCGCAAGAAGUGGACGAUUAUAUACAAGAAUCGAUUGAGAACUCGCUUGGCCUCCCAGUCUCAAAACACACCCUCGAGUUAAAGCUUCGAGCCUCCGAAGAAGCCCAAACGCGUCUGCGGGAUCAGUACUUGUAUUUGCUAGCGAGAUUGAAGGAGAAAGACGAAAUCAUCGAGCGAGCUAGGGCUGAAUCAUGCAUGAAUGCGCAAGCAUUGAAGAAAUUUGUGGAAGAGAAUCAGAAAUUGGCGAUGGAGUGUUCAAAUCUGUUGGGUCAAUGUAAAAAGUGGGAGAGGGAGUGUUCGCUCUACGAUCAUGAUCGAGAGGCAUUGAUGGAUUUCGGGAAUGAGGCCGAUGAACGUGCAAAGGAGGCAGAGAUACGUGUUCACGAGUUGGAGGAGGAGGUCAGAAGUUUAUCGGAACAAUUGCAUUUUUACAAACGUCGGUGUGAGAUGCAACAGGUUGCUACAUCUGAAGAGGACUCGUCAAUGGAACAACUUUUUCUUGAGUCAUUGCUGGCAACUUUGAUUGACAAAGAUGAAGUUGCAUCAACUGCUCGUGCUUUUCUAGAGGCAAAUAGUGGAGUAGAAGGGUGCCAAAGGAUGUUGAAAAUGUGGAAUAGCUUGAGGCCAUCAACUCAGAAAGUUAUAGCACUGGCUGCUGAGGUCAAGUCUCUGGAGAAAGACAAGGAACAUUUAAGGAUCAAUCUUCAUAGAGCUGAAGAGGAGGUGAACGUGUUGUUUGAAGAAAACAAAAUAUUAGAUGAGGAAAAUAAAAGAUUAAUGAGACAGCGUCACAAAGAAAACAACACCCCUGGUUCUGGUGGAAAACUAACCAGCAGUGUUUCUGCAAAGAGAAACAAGAGAAAAUCUAGCCCCAAGAUGAGUAGCCCAAUUGAGAAGAAAAUCGAUUUCAACGAUGGGGAAUCUAUCAGACAGCCUCUGUCGCCCUUGCAAUAUAACUCCCCCGAGUCUAGAAUGCACAAAAAGUGACAUAAAAAACUUUCAUUAACUGCUCUAAUUCUUUUUUAGUUUUCCUUGAUCCUGGUACUGAAGAAGGUGUUACUAUUCUUUUUUUAGUUUUUCUUGAACUGCAAGUUAUGGUGUUUAUACAAAAGUGUGUCACGAGUUCCUAUAUCAUUUCCGUGGCAACUAGUUGAAACGGGUUUUUGUUUUUCCUUUUCUUUUUCAUGGACGGUGUAGGAUUUUUUAAUCCAACAGAAACGGAAUGUUUGUGUUGUGAGCCUUAAUGUGAAUUUUUUU